GGAUUUUUAUUUAUUUUUUAGACUACCAAGCUGUGUAACUUGAAAGGGGAAGAGACAAGAUUUUCCUUAGUUUGGGAAGUCUUGUAAUUUGUGCAUACUAAUUUUUGGCAAGGGCUCAGGACUCCAGACUAGAGGUACUGUGAAACACUACGAAUUAUCUCGUCUCUCUUGUACAAUGGGCACCCUUUUGCUGAAGCAGCUAUUUCAGAUUUCCCUGAUGCUCUCAAAGUCUCCCAUUUCUUUGAAAGAUAAUAUGUGAAAAGCAUUUAAUUCUGUUUGUGGCACUGCUCUUUGUGGCUCUGUUUUUGUUGAGUUGUUUUGGAACUGGUUGGUUUAAUCCACAAAUGAGGUUUUUUCCUUCACAGUGGUUAUCUAAUGGGGGUUUCAUUUGAUCUCCAUGGGAAAAAUAUAUCCUAAAUUGCUAAAGCACGUGUACUAGAUUGUAUGACAACCUGUACCUUUAAAGGAAAUUCUAGAAGAUACAACUGGCAUUUGCAAUAAAAACAUUAAGUAAUCAUAACCAAACACCUGCUACUAUACCUGACCUGAAUUUGAGUAACUACAACAUUUAAGACCCUGAGUUAAAUAGGUUAAAAAAAAAAAGGAUAUAAUCAAAUAUAGCAAGUCAAUGUAGUCUUUGCAGAGAAUCUUAGAAUGAUUUAGGUUGGAAAAGACCUCUAAGAUCAUUGAGCCCAACUGUUCCCCCAGUGCUGCCAAGGUCACCACUAAAAUCAUGUCCCCAAAUGCCACAUCUAUGUGGCUUUUAAAUACCUCCAGGGAUGGGGGCUCCACCACUGCCCUGGGCAGCUGUGGCAAUGCUUGGGGAAGUGAAUUUUCCUGGUAUCCACACUCAUGCCCAGUUGGGUGUCAUCUACAGCCUCACUGAGGGUGCACCCGACCCCAUCACCCAGAUCAUUGGUAAAGAUGUUGAACAGAACUGGAAAGGGUUGGUGCUGUCUGCCUGGGAAUAAUUCCACUGUGGGAUCUCUGCACAUCUUUUUCCUUUGGCUUCUUCCUUCAUUGCAUGGGAAAUCACUGUGACAGAAAGUAAGGAAUGCAAUUUGCACAGUUUGCUAAAAUCAAGUGCUUUGACACGUCAGUUGAACUUGUCCAGAUAAACCAAAGUUGCUUCCCUGCUGCUUGGUCAUCUGAAAUCUGGGAGACAGCUUGCUGCAUGUAUUUAUGAAAGAGGAGUAUUUCCCUUUUACCAUUAAGUGUUAUAAUGAAGUCAAGUGGAAAAGUGCUAUUUACUGUAUAAUGAAACCCAUCUAUUGUUCAUAUCCCUGAAAACCUCGUAAUAAAACCUUAUAUUUCAAGCUGUGCAAACCAGUUGCUUAUGUAAUAGAACAUGGUGUAAUUUUCCAUUUACAAUUUCAAUACUGUAAUAAGAAAGCAAUCAAAGCAUAAACAAAAGACACUUUAAAUGGAGCUGCAGUUAAUAUUUCCAUAAUGGCUGUCCUUAAAAAUUGAAGCUAUUUCAUUUCUUUUUUUUUCCCAGUCUCAAAUUCUUUCUGCUUAGCUCAGUUAUUUAAUUAAAAGACAAUCAACUUAAAAAAGAUAAAAUACUGUCUUAAACCAAUUGCAGCUAUGGGCAAAGAAGAAGAAAUGCCAGCAUAAUCCACGGUAAACACUUGGAGAGUUAAAUUAAAGCUAUUUCUCAUCUUCCUUUCAGAAGAUUGUGAAUCUGCAGAGUUUGUGCUGUAAACCUUCAGGCAGAAAGGCUGAUUUUCUUUGUUGUACAUCUUGAGGAUCUGGAAGUUCACCAUUUCAAUAUACAAAAUUCAUAACAGGAUUUAAACAGAAUGGGUUUAAUAAUAUAUUUCCCUUUAUCUAGGUCCAUCUUCUUUUCUUCUUUUAAGUAUUCUGGUUUAUACAAACUCCAAAACUUCUAUGAUUAACACGAAUCAUUUAUCAAUUAUCACACUGGGGAUACAUGGGGGCCAUUGCCCACUCCGUGCUGCACUGAACUUUGGUUUGCAGCUCCCUUUUAUAGCAUAGUUUCCUUGUAGUCACCAAUAAUUGUUAUUUUUUGUUGUCAUAAUUUGGCCAGGUAAGCAGUGGUGGUCCGUGGGAUCGCUGGACGAUGUGAGUCUCCAGACAAUUUGUCAAGUCCCAUAGAUAACAUCUGGUCUUGGUAGAUAAGAAAUGGCAGAAGUCAGGAAGUCUGGUCUCAGGGAUAGACUGCAAUUGAUCACAUAAGGGCAGGAAACCUGAUUUUGCAGGAUCUGUCGGGAUGUGAAAGCCUUGUUUUGCAAGCUGUCAGUAGCAGGGGGAUUUAAAACACAAUUAUUUAAUCAUAUAUUUUCCUUUCUUUAGUAUCAUGCGCUUAAUUUCAGACCUAAGUACUCUGGUUUAUACAAACCCCAAUACUUUUAUGAUGAACACGGAUCUUUUAUCAGUUAUCACAGUGAGGAGGAAUCGGUCCCUGGGCGCGGGGACGGGAGCGAUCCCCCCGCUCCGGCCCGGCCCAACAUGGCGGCGGCGCCGUCUCCAUGGCGACGCGCCCCGCGCUCCGGUUGCCGUAGCAACGCCCACGCCGUUUCCGCGGCUGUGCGGCCCGGCCCCUUCCGGGUUGCCGCGGUCACGUGAUUCCCUCGGUGCGCUCGGCGCGCGGCUCCCCCCGGCGGCGGGAGCGUGACCGGGAGUGACCGCAGAGUGACCGCAGAGUGACCGCAGCGACCCCCGGCAGCGACAUGUCCACCGCCAUGAACUUCAGCAGCAAGAGCUUCACGCCGCGGCCGCCGGACAAGGGCGCGUUCCCGCUGGAUCACUUCGGGGAGUGCAGCGCCUUCAAGGAGCGCUUCAUGGAGUGUCUGCGCCACAGCGGCUACGAGAGCGCGGCCUGCCGGCAGAGCGCCAUGGCCUACCUGGAGUGCCGCAUGGACAGGCAACUUAUGGCUAAUGAACCACUGGAAAAGUUGGGAUUUAAAGACCUGAUAAAUGAGAAACCAGAAGAAAAACCUGGAAAGUGAUGAUGAAGACAGCUUUGCUCCUCAUGAGGGGAAAGCAUAACUCUGAAUGUAGUACAUAUUGUACAUUCUGUUCAUAUUGCAACAGGAAGUGUUUGCUGGAAGAACCUUUUUUCCAAAGUUUAAUUUUCUUAAAAUAAGAGUUUUCUUUAAAUGAGCAAAUGUACUGCCUUUGUCUGCUUUGCUCAAGUAUUUCUUAAAUUCUUUCUUUUAAUUUCUCUAGAGGCAAAACAGUUACAGCCCAAAGUGUUCUCCAUGUUUCUGUAAGAACAGUGAAGUCUUAUUUUAAGAGGACAAAACCCAAACCAAACAGUUCUUUAUUAUGUAGGUCUUGAAAUACUGAUUAAUCUUCUAUGGGCAGUACUGAUAUGCUCACAUGAGUUACUUGCCAGGUGGAAAUAAAGCUGUUAUACUUUAAAAUUG